AACUUAAAUCUCCUAAGAUCUUCUCCUGUAAUUAAGAUGCCAAAGGGUUUUUUCAUUCAAAAUCAAAAGGUUUUCCUUCAGAAAGUUAAACUGUGGAUUCUGUAGAGCUAAUCCUUAAAUUUCUUUUAUUGACCUGCUUUGAGCUAGCACAGUAAAGAAUGUUCCAUACAAGUCCUAACCCCACAAAGAAUUAGGCAUGUAGCAAAUUCUGUGCAAUAACCAUAGUGCAAGAAAGUUAAUCACAAAAGCAUAAAGUAACAAAGGGAACAAAAACAAUUAGAAAUUUUCUGUAAUAGUACAGGCUAGAUGCAGCAGAUCUUUGCUGCCCAAACUGGGCUUUAGUCCCACAGACUACAGUCAGAUUGUCAGACCUGUAAAACAGAUUUUACUACAAUUACAAAAUGUGGUCCAGAAAUGUGUUGGAAUAUGCCUCAAUUUAGUGUUUGCUUUUAGUGCAUGACUGCUGUCAGAUUGCUGUCAGUCAUUUCAUGGUACAUCUAAAGUAUUUGGCCCUCUGGCCAUUUAUUUCAGUACCUUUAUUUGCACAAGCAGUUUCUCUUAACUGCAGGAAUUUUCAUAGCUCUAAAGUUGCCAGUUUUAAAUCUGAGCAUUAACACAAGCAGAAUCAGCUUGCAUGUGCUCAAGGUUUGUUAAUCAGAAAAACCAAAUUGUUAAUGUCUCUACUUGACUUUCCCAGAUUAUUCCCCAGCAGACAUGGAAAGGCUGCAAAAUGAGGCUUUUAGCAUAAGAAAUAAGAGUGGCAAGGGCUUUGAAAAAAGUAACUGAGUAAUUCCAGGGAGGGUACCUUUUUUCUCACUGUGGUAAUUGGAAGUCUUCCUCAGUUUUCAGGUCACUAAUGGUUAGUCAAUAUUUGCCCUUAAAAUUUCCAUCGGAUGUUCAAAUUAGCUGUGCCUGUGAAAAAUAUCCAAUUCUGCUGUCAUGAAGGUAUCAGUCUGUCUGUCUGUUAUGAUGUUCAGCAUUCAUGUGUGCAUUAGCAAUCACCAUGUUUGGAAAUACACAGCUCUGCUGUUAACAGGGCUGGGAGUUUGGGUCAUUUCCUAUUGUUGUUAGCAGGCCUAGGUUAAGUUUUAGAACUUGGCUUUUGACUUGACAAUUGGAAAAAUUCAGUUUGUGCUGGAUUUAUAGUGCCAGUCCAAGAAAAGAAAAGGCAGAAUAUCUAUUGCAGCCAAGAUUUAUACACCAGUACAAAACAGUGCAGAUCUACAAAGCCAACCAAACAACCUAACCAAUAUUAUUUUUACAGAGUCAGUGGUGUUGCAGAAGCCAGCUUUGCAGCAUAAGUUAAUGAGACAUUUUCAGUGCAGUCUUUUUUUAACUUCAAGUUUCUCAUCAGUGUCUCUGCUUUUCAAUUGGCUAUUCCAGAAAGAUAAAAAAUUCUCACAAAGUUCUGCAUUGAUUAGAAGGCAAAGGCUAAACUCUUCCAAAGAGGACAGAAUUUAACAACCUAAAGGUCUGUUUUGUGUAGCAAAAGCUGCUGUCAUUAGGGGACCUUCCAGCACACAUCCCUGUUCACAGAAGGUUAAGCCAAAUGGAAAGUAAAUGGGGGUCCCACCUCUUUGAAAGGAAAUUACUACUGAAUAACUUCAGGUAUAUCAUUUUCCUUCCAGAUGUAAUUCUGGUAUACUGCUAUCCUAAAACCAUCAUUACCAGAAUUCCAGAGUGUCCCUAUGGAUGGGAGGUUAAUCAGCUGGCACUUGGAGGCAUUUGCUACAAUGGGAUCCACGAUUCAGGAUAUUACCAAUUCACAAUCCCAGACCUGUCACCUAAAAACAAAUCAUACUGUGGCACACAGUCAGAGUUCAAGAAUCCCAUAUACCACUUCUACAACUCCAUCGUCUCCAAUGACUCCUCAGUGAUUGUGAAGAACCAGCCUGUGAAUUACUCAUUCACCUGCUCAUACAAUGCCAACUACCUGGUGAACCAGGCUGCCUUUGACCAAAGGGUGGCCACUGUCCAUGUGAAGAACGGGAGCUCCGGCUCAUUUGAAAGCCAGCUGUCCCUCAACUUCUACUCUAAUGCCAAGUUCUCAAGUAUAAAGGAAGCCCCCUUUGUGGUUGAAACAUCAGAAAUUGGUUCUGACAUAUUUGCUGGAGUGGAAGCCAAGGGCUUAAGUGACAGGUUUAAAGUUGUUCUCAACAACUGCUGGGCAACUCCCUCCUCAGAGUAUUUCUACCAGAUCCACUGGCCUUUGAUCACCAAGGGGUGUGCCACGGACUACUCCAUCCUAGUGCACGAGAACGGCAAAACGAACCGGGCCACGUUCCAGUUCAACGCCUUCCGCUUCCGCAACAUCCCCAAGCUGUCCAAGGUCUGGCUGCACUGCGAGACGCACAUCUGUGACAGCGAAAAGUUCUCCUGCCCCGUGAUAUGUGACAAGCGAGGGCAGCGCGCGGAACAAACCGGAGGCGUUCUGGUGGCGGAGAUCACCGUGCGCAGCAAAGGUUUAUCCAGAUUUUACACACUCUCAGAUGUCAUCUUCCACCUACUUUUUGUGAUUGGAUUUUCUGCUGUUUUAUUAUAAAAUGCAGCCCAGCUGUACUUUGGAACUUUCCUUGAUCCUGUUUGGACCUGGACUUCUUUACUAAAGAAGUUUAUUUUACAGAGGAAAAAGGAAAGCCACUAAAAAUCCUUGUGCACCAUUUUACCAGAUAAAUAAAACAUUCCAUGAGCUUUGUGCCUCAAAUUCUGGAAAAUCCCAAAGCAGAUUUGCUUCUCACAAGGCUCUGCUGGCAUUUUGAACUAGCGAAAACCCUUGGGUUAUGCCAAUGCCUCCUUGUAAAAAUCUGCGAUGGCAAUAGGACUUGUUCCUAAAGAGAAUAUAGGGAUGUGAAAACUCAGCAUUUUUCAGUGCCAAAUUUACCUUCAGGGUCUCCCUUCCCUGCCAGUCUCAGUGUGGUACCAAACUCCCCUCCAGGCCUGGUCUUGCAAAGUCCCAGUUUGUUCUGUGAAGUCUUGCAACAAAACAAAAACGAGCCUAACAUGUCAAGGAUGGGAGGAAAGGGUUCUUUUCAUGUAGCAGUAAUUAGAAGGGGCUCAGAGUUAAUUACCUG